UUUUUUAAAUUACCGGCGUGACUCACUUUCCGGCGCUAAUGAGAAUUGACGUCUUGCCAAAGGUACCAGGUAUGCAAAAGAAGAAUACAUCGGACUCGCACAGUCCGGAAUGGGUGCGAGUCUGACACGACCGAGCCUGAAGCUCAGACGACAUGUCAUGAAGUGGGGGGAACAGAAUUGCGUGAUCGUCAAAGCCGAUUGCGCGCUAGAAUCCCUCGCCACAUUAUAUAAAGCGGAUACUAUAGCUUGGACAACGCAGUAUCCAUGUUCCAGAGGCUCGAACAAUAAACCUUGAGGAACUUGAAAGAACAGAUAGGGCCAUUUGUCGCAAGCGUCGAAUCACAGGGCGAUGGUGUCGACAAUCUACCUCAUCCGCCAUGCCGAGUCUGUUCACAACGUCUCCAAGGACUUCUCUCACCGCGACCCACCCCUUACCGAGCUCGGGAUAGCCCAGGCAUCCGCACUCGGCAAAUCGUUCCCUGGUCUAGCUUCUGUUGCCAUAGUUCUGACUUCACCUCUCACUCGUACACUGGAGACCACGCUCGCGGCUUUUAGCCAUAUUCUCGACAAACAAUCCGUCGGGGACGGUGGCAUCGAUGCUGGAGCUCGCCUCGUUCUGGAUCCCGACCUGCAGGAGCGGAGCGACUUGCCGUGCGACACCGGCUCUGACCGCGCCACGCUGGAAGAAAAAAUUCCAAACUUGGAUUUUGGUGUUCUUCAAGGCAAAUGGUACACAAAGGACGGAGCACAUGCCGCCGAUGAUGCGGCAGUCAAGGCCCGGGCCAAAGCGGUGAGGGAGAGAUUGCGCGAUCUUGUUGAGAAAUCGGAGCAGGAUGGGAGAGCCGCUGAAGGGAAGGGAGACGUGGUUGUGGUUACCCAUGGAGUGUUCAUGAAGUUCCUGGCAGAGGAUGAGACGAUUGACUUGCCAAAAGCGGGUUGGAAAGCCUACACGGUAGGGAAGCAGGAGGGUGGCGAGGUUACCCUCCUUCCUGUGGAGCAAGUCGAGAGUUGAUGAGAAGGUGAUGAUGGAUAUGAUAUGCGGGGGUAUGCGCCAACACGUUGGUUUUAUGUAGCAGUCGUGGCGGUUAGGCCACAAAUGUGAUUUAGGUGCGACUUAUUUUAUGCUUCAGAAAGGAGAUUGCUUGACUUGUUAUCGAGCAAGGGGGCCAUUCCUUGCCCGAAACUGGUGCUUUACGAUGCGUACCGACGCGCUGUAGCUGUUUCAUGGCUUUACAUCAUCAAUCAAAUUGCUAAGCUCGGCACGCUUCCUACACCCCGUUGAGGCCCCUAACUCGCCAAAGGGCCUUUGCUAACGUUUGUCGAGAAGAUCAAGGCGA